AUGGCCCCUAAGCGAUCGCGCGACGCCGAGAACGGCCCCGGGCACCGAACAGAACAACCGGAGAAGAAGCGCAAGGGCUUCAGUGUUGGCCCAGCCAACCUCCCAGACGGCACAUAUCGUCGCAAGACUCAAAAGAUCAAGACUGAUCUGAUCCAAAAGGCCAAAGUGAAAAAGGCAUACGCCAAGAUCAAGGCUGAAGAAAAUGCGGCUGGAAAGCGCAAAUUCAUCUACGAUACAUACCGCGAGGAAGAUGGCGCAACAAAGGACGACGACAACGGAGAGUCCCCCGAACUUCACCCGGAUCGCGUGGCCAUGUUGAACAAGCCGUCCCCGGAGCCUGCGCCAAAGCCAAAGCCAGAGCGACGCCCCAAAGACAAAGACGGCAAGAGAAGAGAGCGCAAGCCGAAGCCAUCAGCUUUUGCCAAGGAGAUCGAGAUUGCUGAGCAGCGGAAACGGGCCGCCGAGGCGCGCAGGAAGGAGCGGGAGGCUAAGCAGAAAGAUCGAGAGGAUAUGGCACGCGCAAAGCGCCCCGACCAGUUUGGCAAGCGCAGAUUGGGCAGAGAGAGCAAGGUGCUACUGAGUCGGGUGCAGCGCAUGGUUGGUUAG